AUGCGUCAGCUGUUGGGUUCCCAGCCGACAGCGACCGAAGACACCUUCUUCCGUGAACUAUUCUUGCAGCGCUUGCCGCAGAAUGUGCAGAUGGUUUUAGCCACUGCCUCUGACAUGUCCCUCGACAAACUUGCUACCCUGGCUGACGCUGUGUUUGCCAACCCCGCGGUUUCUCAAGUCAUCCCCGCCACCUCUGCACAGCCGUCGCCAUCACCACCGACGCAGCCGCCGCGUUCCUCUGACGUUGCGGAGCUUUGCCGCGAGGUCAAGAACUUAACGGCACUUAUUGGCGCCUCCCAUGUCUCGCCGCACGUCCGCGAUUUCUCUCGCCGCCGUACAAGUCGCAGUCCUCGUCGUUUCCGGCACCGUUCACCGACUCCACGCGAUUCCAGCCCAGCUCAUACAGUCUGCUGGUACCACCGGAAAUUCGGGGCCGAUGCACGGCAUUGCUUCCUCCCAUGUUCGUGGCAGCCGGGAAACCCUGCCGUGGACCAUUGA